AUGGAGCCAGCUGCGACCUACCUCGAGCCGUUGGGUAGUGAACUAUCCUAUCUUACUUCCACAGCUCAUGACGCAAGUGAACUCGGCCUCUCGCACGUCGACGACAUCAUCGCUCGCCUCGAACGCGCGAGGGCCCCGCUCAUCAACGCUCCGGACAUCUCCACCUUUUCGAUCGAUGACGACGCGACCAUGACGACCGAUACUCCUUCAACUACCUUAUCGGUAGCGGAUCACUUGUUGCCAUUGUCGAUGAUGCUCAAGUCUUCGGCUACGGCCGCCAGUGCGGCGCACAAGGAGUGGUCCUCCGCCGUGUCCAAGCUCGCCAAAUCCGUCGACAAGGUUCGUAGCUCUGGCUUCUUGGUGGUAUUGAAACUUUCUCUGAAACGAUUGUGUUCCGAACUCGUACAGAAAUUCCCUUCGCCUCCUCAGGCGUUGUUUCCCCCCGCAGCUCAGAAGCAGCUCGCCACGUCAUCGAACAGCAACUUCAGCGAGGGUCUCGCACCGCACGGUGCCACAGCACCCUCAGCACAGGCAUCUCUCUCGAUAUCCACCGCUUCCUCCACAUCCACUGCUUCUCUCCUCCCCUUCGGCUCUGCCGAAACGACCGCCGCACUCAACUCGACCAUCGCGCUGCACCUCGCCCGGAUAGGCGCGUUCGACUCCCUCUCCUCUUUGAACGAACAAACCCACCACACCGUCCAGGAUGCCGUGCCCUAUCAACUUCUCGCUUCUUUGAAAGAGCUGCAUCGGAUACUGGCCCAUCUCAAACAAGGAAUCUGUACGAGUGCGCUCGAGUGGAUCGAACAAACACGACGCUCAUCAGAGAAACCAGGCUCAAUCGACGACGCGGCGCGCCAAGCCAAUUCGGAUCCCGACCCCGACUCAGAUCUCGAAUUCGAACUCCGAAAAGAAGAAUACAUCCGUCUCCUACUCUCCACCUCAUUGGACGACAAAGACAUGGCCGAACGAGAGCCCCUCUUGGCGCAAAACUCUUCCCCUUCUUCCCAAGACAAGCGUCAGCAAGGCUCGAUCAAUUUGGCCCUUCGUUACGGCGGGCAUCAUUUCCGACGCUUGAUGACGCCCUCUCGAAGAAGUCACAUCGAGGCCUUGUUGACCGCACCGAUCUACAUGCCUCUCGAACGCCUUCUCCACUCCCCCUACGCACCCAUCUUCGAACCCUACGUACCGACGGAAUCGACCCUCCUGCCGGCCGAAUCGACACCGACAUGCGCCAUGUUCACCGCCGCUUUCCUCUCGACCUUGGGGUUGCCCAGAGAUAGCCCCCUCACGGUAGUGACCGACAUCGGUGGCAGUGGCGCGAUGGCCAAGAUCCAUAAAGUGCGCGCGGUGAUGAAGGAGCAGAAAACGUCGUGGAGCGCGAUUGGGGAAUUACCGGUACGUUCUUUUCUUUUUCGGCAAACCGGGCUGGCCCGAAAUGAUGCCUCUGAUCCUUCUGGUGGCAUGCUAUUUCAGGUCGAAGUCCCCCUUCCCACCAAUCGUCGCUACCACUCCAUCUUCGCCUGUCCCGUCUCGAAAGAACAAUCGACACCUACGAACCCACCAAUGUUAUUAACCUGCGGCCACGUGAUCGCGCGAGAGAGUCUCGUUCGUUUGGCGAGAGGGACUCCGUAAGUUCUCUGUGGGGCUGUGGGGGAAGAAGUGCUUGGCUUUUGAUAUUGGCUUGCUAACACAUUCUUACAUUCGAUUUUAUUAUUAUUAUACCCCCUCCUCUGAAGCAGCACGCUUAAAUGCCCCUACUGCCCCGCUAUCUCGAAUGCCAGUGCGGCUGUGAGGGUCCACUUUUGA